CGCCUGCAGCUCAGCCUCAGCACUGGUUUUCGCCUUCUCCUUGUCCUCUCCCAUUGUCUUGUGCUGUCACUCAAAUAUUUGCACGAAAUUCUGACUUUCAGGUGGUGUUUAGGUUGUAAUGGCUUAAGGGCAGAAAUGUUCUUUGACGUUUUUAUUUGAUCAUGACAGCUGCAGAUUCACUGCAGCUGGUAGGGUACUUGCAGAAAUCCUUGGGUUUUCUAGCAACAGCUGUAAAUUAGUUUGGGAAACAUGACUUUGAAGUAAAACUUAAUUGGUGAAAGGCUCAUCAGAGUAGGCUUUAAAACAUGCAGGCAGCUUAAAGCAAGUGGAAAUGCUGGCAGUCAUUGUUGUGGUUUGUCUUACUAUGGACUAAGUAAUUAGAUUAGUUUGAGCUCACAUUUUGCAUUGCUCACUCUCCUGAGUCUCUUAUUAAGGAGAAAUGCACGAUUGGUUUCAAACACUUGUGCUUGUGUGACAAUUAAGUGAACGCCUCUCACUGUGCCUCCUUAUAGGAACACCAUGCAGAACAACUUGUCCUCAUGCAAAUGCAAGGACAUGCCAGUUUGUUGGAGUUCAAACUACUGCAAAAUAAAUGUGUAUUUUUUUUUUUAAAACUCUUUUUCUGAAACCAAGGCUCUUAAACUUCCUCAGUCUGGAGGAAGAGCGCCAGCUUUUUGGUUUCCAAAGGCUGUGUGGGUUUAAAGCAAACUUUUAACCUUUGUUCUUUGUGGUUGUGUAGACAGCAUAUACUUGCUAUGUUAGUCUCAUGGUAAUUUAGUGCUGGAAAAGACUUCCUGGGUCACCCAGCUCCUUGCUUUCCCAAGCAGCAUCUUACAACCCCUUUUGUGAACUUAGUCCAGCCUAAAAACAUUUACAUCUUUUCUUGCAUCUUUUCUUCUCUCCUCCUGUAGAUCAAGCCAUUACUGAAGAUGACAGAUCUUGCUGUGCAGUUAGGAACCUUCUUUUCAUUCCCAGGCUGAACAUUCAUGACAGUUUAUAGACUCAUUUGGGUUUCUGUUCCUUUAUUUCCGUUCUGCCUAAGGACUGCUGCUCAUUUUCAGUGGUUCAGCUCUUCUGCAUUCUGUAAGAGGGGGUUGUAACCCUCACCUGUGGUUUUGCUGAGUGACCCAAGUGUUGUUUAGCAGCUUCCUGAGUAGCAAUUGCUGCUGUUCUCAGUGAGAUGCCCCUCACAGAUUGUUCUCAGUCCUGGCUAAAAGUGUGUGCUGUGCUCUGGACUGCUCUGCCUGGAGGGCUUCUUCAUCACCUCCACUUCUUAUUUCAUGGAUGUCUCUGUGGUGGCCAGUUCACCUCAGUUACUCCCAAAAUUUGCUGGUGUCUCUCUUGCUGAUGCAUCACUGCCUGCAUUUCCAAACCUCCUCAGUUUCUGUUACUCUGAGCUUUGUGUCUCUGCUGUUUUGGAGCUGCCUCUGUUUCUGUGGGUGCAGAAUUAGUGCUGAGGUCGUUUUUAACAAAGUCAGAUGUUCCCAGGGCUGAUUCUUGAGGCAUGUCUUUGGUUUCCAGGCUGGUAUUUUCUUAUUCAGCAUCACCUGGGGCUGUCUCCUGCUAAGCCAGCUCCUUUGUCUGUUUUCCCAUUCCUCUGCCAAUCUCUCUUAGCCAGUAAAUCUCUUUGUGCUCUCUGAAGUCCAUGUGAGGAAGAUAUAGUAGAUUGCUCUAAAAAGAUGGCUUUUUUUGAGAACCUUGAGGUUAGUCUGGCAUAUUGAACUAUUCCCUCUUCCCCCUUUUUCUGUGUGUCACAUUAAUCCUCUUUGCUUGCAAAGCACCUUUAUAUUGGAGUCAGAAUAGGAGCCCUGGAGAGGCUGUGAUCAUUCUCCUUCCCUUUCUCCCCUGCAGUGCCCCCUCCAAUGUGCCACAUGUUUAUUAUCUCCUAUUGUUGCCUUUCAAGAGGUUUAUAAAUCCUGUUUCUUGGCCUGCAAUGAGCCUAUCUGGUUUGGAUUCUGAAACUGGGAUGAGCCAAUCCUCACAAUUUUUAUGAAGCUCUCUAAUCCCCCUCCUGCCAAUGCUCUUGUUCAGAUUAACGCCUGGGCUUUUGCCCUCAUCAUCACCCUUACCUCCCCUCUUUAAAAAUGGUGCAAAGUCAAAUUUGGUAUUUUGUGUUGUACUCUUGAUCUCUGCCCUGCCCUUGCUUGCAACCCUGUUUCUCCUUUCUCUCACAAACUGAAAAAAAAAACCUUUCAGUUUUUCUUUGUUGUUAAAUAUCUCUGUGGUGACUUAACACUGCACCAGUUCUCAUGUUUAUUCCUGGACUUUUUGGUCUCUAAGAUAGAAGUUUCCAAGUGAUGUGACCUGAAACCUGUGUCUGCUUCUGGUAUCUUUCACAAAAAAGGAUCAAAUCCAGUUGGAGUUGCUUUGAGUCUUUUGUUUGGGAUGUGUUCUUAAUAAUGAAAACACCUUCUGACUCCUGGAGAAUGCAGUGUGCAGUGAAACCCUGAAUUCAUCACCAGUUUCUUUCAGUCUUGAGUUUCAGAAGGGCAACCUGCUUUCAACUCUGCUUCUGCUUGUUUUUAUUUUGAAUGCUGAGUCUGUUACAGAUUGUGUGGUCCAAGGUUAAUUUCUGCAACCUUUGAUGUGUUCUCAUUGCAUAUGCACAACAAUGAAGGCUAUAAAUAGCAUCACUCUGUGGAGCUUCCUUAACACAAGGAAUUUGUUGCACUGUGAUAUGAAGAAAGGUUCUCUUGCACUUCAUAAAUCAGGAAACAAAUUAAUAAAUGUAAAACACUUCCAGAAGGACACUUGGCACUUACCUUUCAGCAGAAGCCCUAUAAAAUCAGCAGUUUUUGUUUUGUUGUCCCUCUGUGAUUUCCCCUCCUCCUGUCCCACCACAGCCACGUGUGCCAUCCCAUCAUCUCUGGAUGCAGCUGAUAACCUUGAAUUCCAAAUCUUUCAGUUUAUUUUGUUCCCUUUUGCUUUGUCAUGUCUGGUAUGGUUGGGCAGCAGGGCUUUGACCUUCCUGAGGCUCAGCACAGAACUGCUGCUGCAUCUCUCCCUUCAUGGGUUUCUGGUAUGCACUUAAAGCCAUAUCUCAAGUUACAGAAGAAAGAGCGAUCCCCAGAAAUAAGCCAGGAUUCCCUUCGAGGCCACCAGGGACCAGCACAAGGAGAAAAAUUCACCAACUGCACCAAACUGAGCGUUUUCCCAAAACCCUCCCUGGUGGCUCCAUCUCAGAAGCUUCUGGGGAUUAUUUAUCCAAAUACUAUGUGCAAUAUGAACGGCAAGGGCCCGGCGGACGCUCCGAGCGCGAGGGAGAAGAAGAACGCCCUGUCUGCCACGAUCCACCAGGGAGAAGAAGGGGAGGGACCUCUGGAUGUGUGGGCUGUGGUGAAACCUGGCAACACCAAGGAGAAAAUCGCCUUCUUUGCAGCCCAGCAGUGCAGCGGCGGCGGCAGCACCCGCACGGGCUCCAUGAAAAUCAAGAGCACGUGGGACAUCGACGGGAGGACGGCCAAGCGCAGGAAAAAAUCGGUGGAUCUUAAAAAAGCCAAAAUCCAACUGGAAAGAAUGAGGGAGGCCAACUCCAGGUGCUCGCAGGCGGAGCCGUUCGCCUGCGGCGUCGAGCACUGCUCGGUGCACUCGGGCGGCGACGGCGCCGAGGGCGCCUUCCCGGGCCGCUCGCUGUCCGUCAUCGAGAUGGUGGCGUUCCUGGAGCAGCGGGCCAGCGCCCUGCUGGUGGACUGUGCCAAGAGCUGCACGGGCGCCAGGCUGAGCCCCCAGCCCAGGCCCGCCGUGCCCGGCCCCGAGCCCCCGUGCCCGGGCGGGCCGUGCGAGGCGGAGGCGCAGGGCGAGCCCGUGCGCGUGCUGGACAUGGUGGCCAGGCUGGAGUCCGAGUGCCUGCGGCGGCAGAGCGAGGCCGGGAGCCUCUCCCGCAACAACAGCUUCCGCAGGAACGUGGGCAGGGUGCUCCUGGCCAGCGGCACCCGGCCCGAGGGGCACCUGGGCAAGGGGGGCCCGCCCCAGGGACAGGCAGGGGUGGCAGGGGAUGGGUACGGGGGUCGCUGCGGUGACACCGAGCUCUGGGAUGGCGGCGCCUCUGCCCCGCAGCCGUUUCCUUCAGGGCUGGAUUCCCGGGUGGGGAAUGUGAGUUCGGGGCUUGCCCAGGCGGUGUUGGCCAUGACAGCUGGCAGGAGUGACGCUGACACGCGGAUGGAGCCCCCCAGGGCCCUGCUGGCCCCCUGUCCCGCUGCUGCUGCCCGGCUGCCACCGGAUCCCCUGCAGAGCACGAGCGCGACUGUUGAUUGUACGUCCAAGGAGCCUGGAAUUUUCCCAAAGCAUCCUGCUAGGAAGGAGCCCUUGUGCAUCAGUAUAUCGGUCAGCAAGACAGAGGAAGGGUGCAGGAAGGAGAAGCUCUCUGGUUCUGGUGAGGAUUCGCUCCCAGGGAGGCUGUUUUUCCUCCAGGGUGAGCAGCCUGCUGCUCAGGAGCAGCAGCCACGGUGGGAGGGUCCCCAGGAGAAGCCAGGGGAAGUAGCCCAAAACGAGGAUGAGGAUGCUCUGGCAUCUGGUAGCUCGUGUGUCAGCAGCAGUGUCCCUAAAGAGCCAUCAGCCCCUUCUGUCCCUGCCACAGAAGGAGCUUUGCAAGUACUUGAUGCCUCCUGCCUAAAGCGGCAGGUUUCUCAUGACUUUCUGGAGACCAGGUUUAAAAUCCAGCAGCUUUUGGAGCCUCAGCAGUACAUGGCCUUCUUGCCUCACCACAUCAUCGUGAAGAUCUUUGGGUUGCUUCCCACCAGGAGCCUGGUUGCCCUGAAAUGCACUUGCUACUACUUCAAGUUCAUCAUUGAGUACUACAACAUCAGGCCGGCCGACUCGCGCUGGGUGCGCGACCCUCGCUACCGGGAGGAUCCCUGCAAGCAGUGCAAGAAGAAAUACGUCAAGGGGGACGUGUCCCUGUGCAGGUGGCACCCCAAGCCCUACUGCCAGGCUCUGCCCUACGGGCCUGGCUACUGGAUGUGCUGCCACCGCUCCCAGAAGGGCAUCCCUGGCUGCAAGCUGGGCCUCCAUGACAAUCACUGGGUCCCCGCCUGCCACAGCUUUAACCGCGCCAUCCACAAGAAAACCCGAGGAGCUGGAGCAGAGGUGGAAGAGGAAUAUUAGUGCACAAACACUUUCCUGCAAGAUUGAGAUUGGGAGAGGAGGAGGAGAUUCUCAUGCCUUGUGCUGUUUACAGUGUAUAUAAUUGUCGUGAUUAUUUUUUUUUUUCCCCCCACAGGGCUAUGAAACUGCACAUACUCAAACACAAGAGCCUUUACCUUUUAGAUUAAAAGAGAGCUUUUAGUCCAUCUCUGUAAAUAACACUAUAAAAACUAAUUGUACAUACAGAGUCUACAGCUGGCUGAACAAGGUAACCCCUACAAUGCAGCUAUCCCAGUGUUGCGGCUAUAGGUGUGUGUGUUUUUAAGUGUCUUGUUUCAAAAUCUGUAUAUCCUGUAUAAUAUAUGAAUGUUUCUGAGAAGAAACUCUAAAUAGGUAAAGGUCAACUUGUUUAAAGAAGCUGCAGACAACUUAACUGGACAACCUGAAACUUAGACUAUAGAACAGAUCCAUUAUAGUAGCGUGGCAGUGGAUUAAAAAAAGAAAAGAGAGGAAUAUUAUUGUAUAGUCAGAAUAUAAAAAAAGUUCUUGUCUACCUUACCCAUGUUGUCUGGUUGGGUUUUUUUUUUUUUUACACAUAAAUAAAAUGUGCAUUCUAGAUCUGCCUUACCAGACUUUCUCUUGUAAGACUUUUGCCCCAAAAUAAAAAAAUGCUGUAAAACA